AAAAUGUUGAGUGUGGUUCAAACUUUAUUUGUAAUUUUAAUUACCGCUCAUGUUCAGUGUUUUCCAAAUGAAUCAUCCGAUUCCUUGGAAAUAAAGCAAACUUUUAUUGAAAUGACUGGAUGUCAUGAAAGUGAAGGUGUAACAAUGGAAGAAGCAAUAGAAUUCACAAGUAAUGAUAAGGACUUGGAAUAUGUAAAUCAACUUGUUGAAAAACAACCGAAACUUAAAUGUUUUACGACGUGUAUUUUUGAAUCUUUGGAUUUAAUGAAAGGAUGUUUGGUGAUGGUUGGUAGUGAAUUUGAAGAAGGCAUGAAUGAAAGUGAACGCAAUAGUACACUGAAAAAAUGUACUAUUCAAAUGCAACGUUGUGCUGGUAAAACACUUGGAAUCAAAGAUAGAUGUGAAUGUGGAUAUAUUAUGGCUAAAUGUAUGGCAGAAUGGGAAGAAAAUGAGAAAAAGAUGAAAACCUAA